GAAGUAGGAAAGGAUCCUCUUCCAGUCACGACACAACGAACCUACGGCUGCUUUUAUUUCACUUUAUUCCUCUGAGCGAGUUAAACUCACAGCCGGGACACUUUUGAAUGGAAAACAAGGCGGCUCAGCUCGUUGUGUUUUGUGUUUUGUUGUGUCUUUUCCGCGGACGGACGGAUGACGGAGGAGGAUGGUGGCAGGAUUCCGACGUCAGGCUGGAAGAUGAAGGUCCUUGUAACAUCGAUGUUCUGCACAGCUCGUCUCUCUCGCACCAGCAGUUCCUCCACAGAUAUGCGUACAGCAGACCCGUCAUCAUCAGAGGGCUCACGGACAACACGAAAUUCCAGCUCUUGUGCUCCAAGUCCAACCUGCUGGGAGAAUACGGCUCUCGGAGUGUGAGGCUCAGCACCGCCAACACGCACUCCUACAGGAAAGUGGACGUUUCCUUCCAGGACUACGUGGAGCGGCUGCUGAAGCCUCAGUCCGCCGGCGCCCUCGGCAACGACACGCUGUACUUCUUCGGAGACAACAACUUGACGGAGUGGCGGGGCCUGUUGGACGAGUACGAUCCGCCGCCGUACGUGCUGCCGCGCAGCAGCGGCGCCUACAGCUUCGGCAUCGCAGGUCCUGGAACCGGAGUUCCCUUCCACUGGCACGGGCCCGGGUUCUCGGAGGUCGUCUAUGGCAGGAAGCGGUGGUUCCUCUACCCCCCGGACCAGCAGCCUCACUUCCACCCCAACCGCACCACCCUGUCCUGGCUGACGGAGACGUACCCGCACCUGCCGGAGGACGAGGCUCCGCUGGAGUGUACCAUCCGACCUGGAGAGGUGCUGUACUUCCCCGACCGCUGGUGGCACGCCACGCUCAACCUGGACACCAGCGUGUUCAUCUCCACCUUCCUGGGCUGAACGCCGUCCUCUCCCGUCCCGGUUCCUGCAC